CAGAUAUAAAAGAAAAAAUUCGUGAAAUAUUUUUAAAUUUUAGUGAUAAAGUAAAACAUUUUAAAUAAUUAAAUGGCAUUAUCAGACGACUUAUGGAGGGAGUGUGCAGCAUGGCUUACUCGUUGCAAAAUUAUUCCUGGAGAUCACAAAGCUAAUUGGCCAUCAUCGGAGAUAAAAAUUCUAGCAUUGACACUGCGUGAUGGAGUAUUAUUGUGCAACUUAAUCCAUUAUCUGGAUCCAACGAUGGAAUCAAUUGAAUUCAAUAGAAGACCGAGGGAUGCACAGUUCCUUUGUCUACAAAACAUACGGAUAUUUCUCGAAUGCUGCAAAAACAACUUCCUGUUGAAAGAAAAUGAAUUAUUUGAAUGCAGCAUGUUGUAUGACUUAACUAAUUUUCACCGUGUUUUAAUAACUUUGAGUAAACUUUCACUAUGUCGAAAAGUGCAAAUUAAUCAUCCAAAUCUACCUGGAUUUAGCGUACAGUCAACAGUUUCUACAGAGAGAAGUAUUUCGGAAGAGGAUAUUUAUAAGGAGUUGCAAACAACAGCAACUAAUAAUAACGGCGAAUCACCAAAAUCGUCUACUUCUGAUGAAGAGUAUUCCAAUGAAAACAAUGCCUAUAAUGUUGAUAACUCCAAUAAUAAUCAGCUUAUAAAGUGGACAGUUGAAGAUCUCGUUACUAUCGAUGAUAGUGAGGAGAAAGUUUAUGAGGAUCUGUGCUACGUCACAAUAUCGUCUUCCUUUCCUCUAGAGUCCGAUAAUGCUGCAUUUGAUUGCAAUGAUGAAGAAAAUACAAAAGAAGAAGAAGUUUACCAGGAUUUAUGUGCCAUACAAAGUAACAUAGCCAGAAAUCAGAGAGCCUCAGCAACAACAAGCUUGGGUCAACGAGAUUAUGUAAUAAGAGAACUCGUGGAGACAGAAUCAAACUAUUUCAUUGUUUUGAACGAUCUGAAGUACAAAUUUAUGCAACCAAUGGAGAAAAUGCUUAAAGAUGAGAUUAAAGUUAUUUUUCCUCGAAUAAAGGAACUGGUCGAUAUUCAUAAAAAAUUCCUUGACAAGCUGCGAGAAGCUACAGAGCAAAAUCCAAAAUGCAAAUUAAGCAGUGUAUUUUUGGAUUUCCGAGAACAAUUUCUUAUUUAUGGUGAAUAUUGCGCGAACAUGACUGAUGCCACUGAAACCCUAAGAGAUGUCUGUAAAAGAAGCAGUGCCAUUGAACAACUAGUCGCUCAAUGUCAAAAAGAUCAUAGUGGAGGAAGAGUACAACUUCGAGAUAUUUUAUCAGUUCCAAUGCAAAGAAUCUUAAAAUAUCAUUUAUUAUUAGAUAAGUUAGUUCACGAUACUUCAUCAUCUCACGAUGAUUAUAAAGGCUUGCAAAGAGCUAAAGAAGCAAUGGUCGAUGUUGCGCAAUACAUUAAUGAAGUCAAGAGGGAUUGUGAGCAAAUAAAUGUUAUCAAAAAAGUUAGAGAAAGUAUAAUUGAUUUAAAUUUACCGAAUGGCAAUGACCUCAGCCAAUAUGGGAGACUUUUGCUUGAUGGUGAUUUAAACAUCAAAGCUCAUGAAGAUCAGAAGCAUAAGCAUCGUUAUGCUUUUAUCUUUGAGAAGAUAAUGAUUCUUGUUAAGAAUUCCAAUACAAGAAUUGGCGAUGGACAAUACACAUUUCGAGAAGCAUACAAUUUGGCUGAUUAUCGAAUAGAAAUGGGUCACCCAAGAAAAACGUUAGGACGGGAUGCAAGAUUUAAGUAUCAGCUUUUAUUGGCUAGAAAAUCUAAUGAAACAGCAUUUACUCUCUACAUGAAAACGGAAGGAGAACGUGAAAAAUGGGUGAAAGCUCUUAACGAGGCUAUGGAAAUGAUUGAGCCUUUUGGAUGCAAGAACACUGAUCAUAAAUUUCAUUUAACUUCUUUUGAAAAGCCAACAAUAUGUCGUCACUGUUCGCGAUUUUUAAAAGGUUUAAUUCACCAAGGAUAUAAGUGUAAAAUCUGUGAAAUUUGUGUCCAUAAAGGAUGCAUAUCAUCAAGUGGUCGUUGCAAACAACCUCCAUUAGUUUGUGAUCGUUAUUUAUCGGAAUUCAAUUGGUUUGUUGGGACUAUGGAUCGAGAAAAUGCGACUGCAAAGUUAGAAAAUAGGAGAAUAGGAACAUAUUUGCUAAGAUGUCGUCCACAAGGUGCAUCUAAUUCAACAGAAACAUUGUAUGCAUUAAGCUUGAAAACUGACAAUAGAGUUGUUAAACAUAUGAAAAUAUAUCAAAAAAUUGAAGAUUGCCAGCCUCAUUACUUUUUGUCAACAAGACGCUAUUUCCGCACAAUAGUUGAACUUGUAUCUUUUUAUGAACGAAACGAUCUCGGAGAAAAUUUUGCUGGUCUCAAUCAAGUGCUCCAGUGGCCGUUUUAUGAACGAACUGCAACUGCCAUUUAUGAUUUUACCCCAAAAGAACCUAAUCAACUACCGUUGAAGAAAGGGUGUCAAAUAUAUAUUAUAAGCAAAGAAGGUGACAGUCGAGGCUGGCUGAAAGGCCGUUCUAUGGAUAGAAUUGGAUUCUUUCCUAAAGGAUAUGUUCAGGAGAACUGUCCAAAUGAAGAUCUAUGAUUUGGUGAUGAAUAUGUGAAUUAUUAUUUUGUUUGCAUCGAACCGUCGGCUUUAAUUCAAUAACCUUUUAACUUCUAACGUUUAUAUUGAAAUUUUUGGAUUGUUCUCACACUAAAGUUGAAUAUUAUAUCCAAUUUCUCUCUCUCUUUUCCUUCUUGGAUGCUUCGCAAUUUCUAAUAUAGACAAUUUUAGGACAAAGUAUUUAUCAAAAACAUUCCUUCAUAUCAUUUCAAAAAACCAAAUUUUUUCAACGUUUUUACAUCACUUGACUAGAACUUAAUGAAGUUACUAAAUUUUAUUCUAUUUAAAAUUAAAUGAAAGAAAUGUUUUAUUACAAGAUGAUUGUCAUAAAUGUCGUGGUUUUAAAUGUGAAGUAAAAUAUACACAAAAAAAUGUACGCACCACUGAAUCUCGUGUCUAAAGAGGGCCUAAAAGAAAAGCUACAAAGACGAUGAGUGCAAUUAAAUAUUUUUGGGAAAAAAUGCUUUAAUUUUUUUACGAAUAUUAAAAAAGGAUAUAGAUAACAACAAUAGAUAUGUAACGAAAUUUGUUAUCAGAUUGAAUUCCUUCCAAUAGAUAGUGAAUAUAUUACAGUUUUAACGCUUUAACAUUUUUCGAAACAAAAGAUUAAAACAUUUUAAUGAAAAGUUUUUGACAAAUAUAUAUUUCAAUGAAAUAAGCAAAUGGAAUAUUUACCGACAUCGAAAUUGCUCGGAAAGCUUUUGAGCGGAACUUUUUACACUAAUUUAUGAACAUCAAGAACAUAAACAAAAGUUAUAAAAGUAAAUAGAUAUAUUUUCAUAAAAUAUUUUAAUAUAUUUUAAAAAUGAAAUCCUCUUUUUGAGAAGAUCGUGGUUUUGAAGGACUUAUGAGAUAAUAUUAUUGUAGCCUACUUGUCAUGUUUUAAUGAAUGUUUCUAUACUGGAACUUAUGAUGUUAUUGAAAUGUAUUGAUAAUCGUUUAUAUAUAUCUCAGUAGUGUAAUUUUUAAAAUUAUUAUCGAAUGUAUUAAUAAAUUAUUCAUCAUAAAAAUGUGCCAAUAGUUUAUGUAAAAUUAACUGAAGAUAUGAAAAAGAUCAAUUGAAAUCUAUUUCCUAUAUGAUAUAGGCUUUUUAUUAUUAUUUAAUUUAAUAUUUUAACAAUAAAAUCUUUAAAAUAAUUCCUCUAUGGUAUACAAUGAAUCAAUCUGACUAUUUUAUUAAGUAUCUUUCCUUGCUCGUGAAUCAUUUCAGCAUAGCAAUAAAACAAAUUAUUUCUUCAUUGCAUUCAUAGUUAUUUUUAAAAGAUUUACAUACUAGCUUUCAUUCAUUCAUUCAUUCAUCAAAAUUCACGCAUUCAAACCCAUUCAUUUCAAAUUGUUUUGCAGGAGUUCACAAUAGUUCAAUAAAUAAAAAAUAAAUUACUAUCAAUUAAAAUAAAGAUUGUGCUUAUAAUGUGACACAUUAAGAUAUGUGUAAGAUGCAUAAGUCAAAAAGCAUUGGUAUUGGAAGUCAAUUGUUGUUUUUUUUUUGUUUAAGAUCACAAGUGAUUUCAGUAUUUAUAAAACAGCCAUUCAAUCAUGUUAUCCAUCAUUUCAAACAAAAACUAUAAAGAUUUCGUGAAAGGAUUGAGACAACAAUUUUGAAUGACCUCAAAAAGAGAUUUUUUAAAAUUAAAAGUGAGAAAGAAUCUACAUAGAACUAAUUCAAAAGAAUUUCCCUUAAACUUGAUUACAUUCUAGAUAAAUUUGUUUGCAAUCCACUCCUGUUCGUCCUUUGCGACCAGCAUCAUAAAGUGACUCGAAAGUGCGUCCUGUUUGGCGCUCAAGGAUGAAACUUGCAGCAUAUGAUCCAAGUUGACAGAAGAUACUGUGACCUCCAAUGUCGGAUGAGCACUCCUCAUUAGCUUCGCACAAGAAUUUUUGCAUACAUUUUUCGUCAUCAUUGUUGUAUGUUUUCACAUAACCUUUAAGCAUUGAAAUUGAUGCUACGGCUGCAUCGGCCACAGAAUCUUUUCUUCCCAAUGAUCUGGCAUUAAGCGAACGAUGUGAGAAUGAUGUCUUCAAUGCGUCUAACAAAUUAAGAACAAUGCUGAUGAACUGCAUCGGUGAAUUUCCGUUAUCAACUUUAUCAAUUCCAUCGCCUCCAUUGCCUCCUCCUAAUAAUGCUGUAAUUAUUUUCAAUCCAACUGAAAUAAUAUUUGCCCAUGAUGAGGCUGGAGCAACUCCAUUGUCAACAUCAUCAGAUUUUGUUGGAAGAAUAUUAGCGUUUGCUCCGUUAGCUCCAUUGAAGAACAUUUGCAUAAGCAUGCUACCUAGCAUGUUUGACCACGAGAAGCCAUUAUCUGAAAUUUGAUUUGUUUGAAUAUCAUCAUCGAUGUCAUCAAGAGCAACUUUUUUUAAAGCAUUUGGUUUCUCGGCAAACUUUCUCGCGUCAGCUUUUGCAGCUGGAAUGAACCUAUGCUGUUGAGGCUGUUUGUAUGAAGAAAUUUGUUGUUGUGAAAAUUGUUGAGGAUAUGCAAAUGUCAUAAGCACACAGUGACUUGCAAUAAGUCCGAGGAGACACCAUCCAAACAUUUGAUUUUGUGUUUUCAUUUUCGUUAUCUUAAGAUUUUCACUAUAAAUAUUACGAAUAACUACAAUUUAUUUCUAGUUGUUAUCACUUCAACCGACAACGUAAAUCUGAAAACGUUAUUACCUUGAACUUCUCUUUUAUAUGAUGACC